AUGGGCCCGCCGGGGGCUGCGGCCUUGACCGUGCUCAUGGCGGCGGCGAUGGCGGCGGGGCCUGCGCUGGGGCUGCGGCUGCGGGGCCGGCACCGGGCCCCCCGCGGCGGCACCGGGGCGCUGACGGCGGCGGGAGGCGAGGCCUGCGGCGGCCUGCGCGGGGUCCCGGCGGCCCUCGGCAACAACACGCACCAGUUCAUCUUCGACGACCUCAGCAGCUCCGUGUCCCUGUCCUGGGUUGGUGACAGCACUGGGGUGAUCCUGAGCUUCGGGCAAUCCAAACUGUACCGGAGUGAGGACUAUGGGAAAAGCUUCCAGGACAUCUCCAGCCUCAUCAACAACACCUUCAUCCGCACCGAGUUUGGUGUGGCCAUCGGGCCCGGCAACUCUGGGAAGGUGAUCCUGACGGGGGACGUCUCCGCUGGGAGCCGCGGGGGCCGCAUCUUCCGCUCCCUGGAUUUUGCCCGGAAUUUCAUCCAGACGGAUGUGCCCUUCCAGCCGCUGGUGCAGCUCAGCUACAGCCCGCGGGACCCCGAGUGCCUGCUGGCGCUCAGCACCGACAACGGGCUCUGGGUCUCCAGGGAUUUCGGGCACAAAUGGGUCCUGAUCCACAGAGCGGUGUGCUUGGCCAAGUGGGGUGCGGAUGGGACCAUCUUCUUCACCACCUUCCUGAACAACUCCUGCAAAGCUGACCUGGGCUUCCUGGAGCUCAGGAAAACCUCGGACCUGGGCUCCUCCUUCAAGGUCAUCGGCACCAGGAUCUACUCCUUCGGCCUGGGGGGGCGCUUCCUCUUCGCCUCCGUUAUGACAGAGCAGGGGACCACGAGGCGCAUCCACGUCUCCCUGGACCAAGGGGAGAGCUGGAACAUGGCCCAGUUGCCCUCCGUGGGGCACGAGCAGUUCUACUCCAUCCUUGCUGCCAACGAGGACCUGGUCUUCAUGCAUGUGGAUGAGCCAGGAGACACGGGCUUCGGCACCAUCUACACCUCGGAUGAGCGCGGCAUCGUCUACUCCAAGUCCCUGGAGCGGCACCUUUACACCACGACGGGGGGGGAGACCGACUUCACCAACAUCACCUCCCUGCGCGGCAUCUUCAUCACCAGCGUCCUCUCCGAGGAUAACUCCAUCCAAUCCGUGAUCACCUUUGACCGGGGGGGGCAAUGGGUGCCCCUGCGCAAGCCCAAGAACACCUCGUGUGACUCCAUGGCACGGAGCAAGGAUGAGUGCAGCCUCCACAUCCACGCCUCCUACAGCAUCUCCCAGAAGCUCAACGUGCCCAUGGCACCGCUCUCGGAGCCCAACGCCGUCGGCAUCGUCAUCGCGCACGGCAGCGUCGGGGGGGCUAUCUCGGUGAUGACCCCCGAUGUGUACAUCUCCGAUGAUGGGGGCUACACGUGGGCACGGAUGCUGGAGGGACCGCACCAUUAUUCCAUCCUGGACUCGGGGGGCCUCAUCGUGGCCGUGGAGCACAGCAGCCAACCCAUCAACACCAUUGAGUUCUCCACGGACGAGGGGCAGUGCUGGUACCGGUACCCAUUCUCCAAGGAUCCCAUCUUCUUCACGGGGCUGGCGUCGGAGCCCGGGGCCCGCUCCAUGACCGUCAGCGUGUGGGGCUUCCGCGGCAGCUUCUUCUUCCGCAAGUGGGUCUCCUACACCAUUGACUUCAGCGAGCUGCUGAGCAGGGCCUGUGAGGACAAGGAUUACACCAUCUGGCUGGCGCACUCCAGCGAUCCCGGUGACCCCAGCGACGGCUGCAUCCUGGGCUACAAGGAGCAGUACCGGCGGCUGCGCAAGUCCUCGGUGUGCCGCAACGGCCGCGACUACGUGGUCACCAAGCAGCCGUCCGUGUGCCCCUGCACGCUGCAGGACUUCCUCUGUGAUUUCGGGUACUUCCGCCCUGAGAACCAAUCCGAGUGCGUGGAGCAGCCGGAGCUGAAGGGCCACGACCUGGAAUUCUGCCUCUACGGCCGCCGGGAGCUGCUCAGGACCAGCGGGUACCGGAAGAUCCCUGGGGAUAAAUGCUCCGGAGGGGAGAGCCCGGCGCGGGAGGAGACGGACAUGAAGAAGAAAUGCACCAGCAACCUGCUGAGCCCCAGCCCGCUGGCCGCCCCCCGCAGCCCCACUGCUGCUGUCCUGGCUGUGGGCACCGCGCUGCUGCUCACCGCGGCCAUCACCGUGAUUCUGGUCAAGAAAUACGUGUGUGGGGGCAGGUUCCUGGUGCAGCGUUACUCGGUGCUGCAGCAGCAUGCAGAGGCCAAUGAUGCAGAGACCAUCGAUGCGCUGGGCCCCCCCCCGCCUGCCAAACCUGGGUACCACGAUGACUCCGAUGAGGAUCUCUUGGAAUAGCGGCGCUGAUGCUGAGGACACAGGGAUGCUGCAAAGGCAGGACCUGCCCCCCC